ACAGUGUCGUUAGAACGACGUCAACGUUGAGACGCUGAUGCAGAUGUCAACUAUUUGCACUAUAGCUGAUUUGAUAUUCACAGCGAAAUUACUCACAAUUUCGACACACACCUAUAGCUAUCUAGGUAGUGCGCCACACAUACCCUUUUCCUGUCUAUGGAGUUUUUGCAGUUUCUAUCAUGGGCGUGCAUCGUAUUUACAGUCGGGAUGUUCUCGACUGGACUGACGGACCUGAAGAAGAUGAGAGCUUCCAAAAGUGCAGAUAACGUCCAGUUCCUCCCCUUCCUCACCACAUGCCUCAAUAACCUGGGCUGGCUGUAUUAUGGGAUACUGAAGACGGAUGGGACUCUGGUCUUGGUUAACACCAUAGGAGCCUGUCUACAGUCCCUCUACAUCCUCUCCUACUGCCACUACACCAACGACAAGAGGCGAGUGACCUCUCAGACAUUACUAGCAGGAGGAGUGGUCUGUGGAGGCUGGCUGUACUUCAGUGUUGUCCUGCCUCAGGGAGAGUCUCAGCUGGCCCAGCUCGGUCUCACCUGCAGCCUGUUCACUAUCAGCAUGUACCUGAGUCCACUCGCUGACCUGAUGGAGAUAGUGCGUACUGGUAGUGUGGAGCGUUUGUCCUUCUCUUUGACUGUAGCUACCUUCCUCACCUCAACAUCCUGGACGCUCUAUGGACUACAGCUGCAGGACUACUAUAUCAUGGUUCCAAACACGCCAGGCAUUGUGACCAGUCUCAUCCGGUUCUUUCUGUUCUGGAGAUUUGCAUCUGUCAAUCAAGGCGUGCCAUCCUAUAAGCUCAUCGAAAUCUAAGUGGCUGGAGACUCACACCAAUGGUUACAAGGGAGAGAGAUAACAGGCAUCUUGACCCUAUCAUGGGCAGGCUGUCAAUCACUGAUAUUGUUACUCAUAUUGUAAAUGAUUCAUGAUCACUCCUACCCACCAAGGGUUUAGGAAGACUUUCUCCUCUCAAGGCAGAAGCUGUCCCUAAUCACAGAUCUAGGAUCAGAGUACCCUAGCAAUGGGGGAUGAAAAAUGAUGAAUAAAUAUCUGACCCUGUAUCAGUGGUUAGGGGCAUCUUCCUCAUCGUUCUCCCUCCACCACUUCCUUUUUGUGCCUUCUGUCCUAGUCUGGGACAUCAUUACUGCCACCUGAGAACUCAAACAUGGGCGGGACAGUCCUGCCCUGUCAAUCACAGUAGUCUCUGUUAUCCAGUGGGAGGUUUUUUGCUCAGCAUCAAUGCGCUGCUAUUGGUUGAAUCGCUCUAACAGGGCAGGAUGAUCCCACCUCUAGUGGGGUUUGAGACCCCUCAACUUUAUAGUUGACUUGUCUGUCCUCAUCACUAUGGUACCCUGUGAACUAGGGGUGAACAACUGUUCCUGGUAGCCACAGUAUCUGCUGGGUUGUUAUCCUUCUCUUUUAACUAGACUGAUGUACAGGGCAUUUGGAAAGUUUUCAGACUCCUUGAGUUUUUCCACAUUUUGUUACGUUACAGCCUUAUUCUAAAAUGUAUUAAAUUGUUUAUUUUCCUCAUCAAUCUACACACAAUACCCCAUAAUAACAAAGCAAAGAGCGGUUUAAUUGUUUUUAUUUUGUACAUUUAUAAAACUGAAAUAUCAGAUUUACAUAAGUAUUCAGACCCUUUUCUCAGUACUUUGUUGAAGCACCUUUAGUAGCGAUUACAGCCUCGAGUCUUCUUGGGUAUGACACUACAAGCUUGGCACACCUGUAUUUGGGGAGUUUCUCCCAUUCUUCUCUGCAGAUCUUCUCAAACUCUGUCAGGUUGGAUGGGAACGUUGCUACACAACUAUUUUCAGGUCUCUCCAUAGAAGUUAGAUCGAGUUCAAGUCCAGAGACUUGAAGCCACUCCUGCCUUGUCUUGGCUGUGUGCUUAGGGUCAUUAACCUGUUGGAAAGUGAACCUUUGCCUCAGACUGAGGUCCUGAGCGCUCUGGUGCAAGGAUUUCUCUGUACUUGCUCGGUUCAUCUUUCCCUCAAUCCUGACUAGUCUCCCAGUCCCUGCCGCUGUAAAACAUCCCCACAGCAUGAUGCUGCCACCACCAUGCUUCACCGUAGGGAUGGUGCCAGGUUUCAUCCAGAUAUGAUGCUUGGCAUUCAGGCCAAAGAGUUCAAUCUUGGUUUCAUCAGACCAGAGAAUCUUGUUUCUCAUGGUCUGAGAGUCAUUUAGAUGCCUUUUGGCAAACGCCAAGCAGGCUGUCAUGAGCCUUCUACUGAGGAGCGGCUUCCGUCUUGCCCCUCUACCAUAUAGGCCUGAUUGGUGGAGUUCUGCAAAAAAGGUUGUUCUUCUGGAAGGUUCUCCCAUCUCUACAGAGGAGCUCUGUCAGUGUUCUUGGUCACCUCCCUGACCAAGGCCUUUCUCCCCUGAUUGCUCAGUUUGGCCUGUCGGCCAGCCCUAGGAAGAGUCUUGUUGGUUCCAAACGUUUUCCCUUUAAGAAUGAUGGAGGCCACUGUGUUCUUGGACCUUCAAUGCUGCAGAAAUGUUUUGGUACCCUUCCCCAGAUCUGUGCCUCAACACAAUCCUGUCUCUGAGCUCUAUGGACAAUUCCUUCCACCUCAUGGCUUGGUUUUUGCUCUGACAUGCACUGUCAACUGUGGGACCUUAUAUAGACAGGUGUGUACCUUUCCAAAUCAUGUCCAAUCAAUUGAAUUUACUGCAGAUGGACUCCAAGUUGUAGAAACAUCUCAAGGAUGGAAACCGGAUCAAUGGAAACAGGAUGCACCUGAGCUCAAUUUCGAGUCUCAUCGCAAGGGGUUUGAAUACUUAUGUAAAUAAAGGUAUUUCUGUUUUUUUUAUAGAUUUGCAGAAAUGUAUCUAAACCUGUUUUCACUCUGUCAUCAUGGGCUAUUGUUUAAGCUUGGUGAGGAUUAUUAUUAUUAUUAUUUUUUACAUCCAUUUUAGAAUGAGGCUGAAUAAUACUUUCUGAAAGCACUGAAUACCUGGAUAACCAGACGUCUAAGGUCUAGACUCGCUAGUUAAUCAGUUAUAUGAAUGGAUCAGUUAAGUACCACGGAGAGAUGAAGAGGCAGGACUGUGUGCUCCUAGUAGUACUAGUUGUAGCUGGCGUGUAGAGCCCUCAGUUGUCCAUCCCUACUCAGGUUGCCAAACUCCAGGAACUUGUUUUUCCAGACAUCCUGGUUGGAGGAUUCACAGAAUCUGAAGGGAAUAAGAAGGAAAUCUCCAACCAGGAUUUCUGGAAAACCAGGGAAUUUAUUGAAAGUUCCUGGAGUGUUGCAACCCUUUCCCUACUCUACGCAGACAUGGCAUGUACUCUACAUCAUCGGUACUUGGUCUCUAAAUCCAUGAACUGAGGGAAGACUAAGAAUUCCAUUCUUAUGUGUUUCAUAGUCAGUUUUCAUUUGUUGUAUAUGGGUCGUAUGUCUUCAUGUGCACAAUGUUUUUAUUUGUUGUAUAUGGGUCAUAUGUCUUCAUGUGCACAAUGUUUUUAUUUGUUGUAUAUGGGUCGUAUGUCUUCAUGUGCACAAUGUGUUUUUUUAUUGGUCCAAACUAAAUAUACUGUAAGUUUAUUGUCUGUGCUCUUUUUGAUGAUGCAUUGGAUUGUGUAUAGGGAAUUCUACAUGUGCUAUUUUAAUGGGAUAUUAUCUCUCUGGAAAUAAGGGAGUUGGGGCUUUGCUGCUUCUUCAGACUGAUUGAAUACAUGUUUUAUACUGUU